UCUUCACCAUCAGUAGGGGUAUCUGGUCUUGUAUCCAUGGGGUCCAUAUAGAGUUAAAGAAGAAGCCUCCAGAGUUAGACUUCUCUCCGCAGGCCAACAUGUUGCACCUGCUGAAGUCAGCUAAGAAGAUCACCCUGUCUUCUCCUAAACGCUCCCCGGCCCUGCUGCAGCCCAGUAUCAUCGACAUGAUGAAAGGUAACUCUGUCAUCAGUCUGUCUCCUAAAGACCCGGGUGGUCUCUAUAGCAACACUUCCACUCUACAGGGCUUCCUGGGUCGACACAAAGACCUGCUGAAUAACUCCUCCCCUGGCCCGUUCCCUGGGAAACCCAAACACCACCCCCUCAGCCUCAACGAUGCCAACCCCAACAAGGUGGAGGUCAACGUUACCGCCGACAAUGGCAAACCCCGCCCCCCCGGCCUGGCAGGACCCGCUUCCAAACCCCGCGCCCUAUGGAAGAAGAGCGUGGAGACGCUGAAACAAGGACCAAUCCCGUUGUCCGGUCCCGCUGGUGGUCCCGCCCCCGGAUCUGCUGGCUCUGCCCCUGGCCCGGGCCCUGCAACAAUGAAGAGCCAGCGUUACCUCCCAGAAGACCCGCCCCAUUCUGACAUCUCUGAAUGUUCCAGUCGGCCCACCUCCCAUAUUGAGUCAGAUCUUGGGGGGGCCAGGAUGGGGCUAGGGGGGUUCAAACCCCCCAAAAACGGGCUGAAGAAACGCCCGGUGGGGGUGAUGGGAGGAGGAGGGGGAGGGGGAGCAGGGGGGAAGCACGGCGAGGGCGGAGGUGGCGGUGGGAGGAGUCAUGAGAAGAUCUACUCCAUAGACUCAGACCAGGCCAGUCUACACUCCGCCCCCCUCUACCUGAGAGACAGCCUCCAGGACCCCCCCGACCUUACACACACACACACACACUCCGACCUCAGACACGCUCACUCGGAGCACUCUAACACACACUCCGUGGACGCUUCCAUCCUGCAGCUGAGCGCCAGUCUGCUGCACCACAGUCACUCUGCAGAUGCUGACCUCCACUCUCUGAAGGACAAGAAGUACAGCACCUACAAACACACCAGCACUGGAGCUGCUUCCUCCAGCAAGGACAAUAACAAUGGUUCCCAUGAUGCCCCAGGGGGCCAGAGACAGACCCACUGCCGGUCCUGUCUGGGGAAGUUAUCAGGUUACUCUGGUCUGUAG